AAGGGGGAACGUGUCAGCUUUCGUGAGCUUCUCCGCGUGUCCAAAGUGGUGGUUUGCGGUAUUCCAUCGCCGCCUCUCUUGGCCUGCUUUGCCUUUUUGGGGUUCGGACAGGUGCGGAGUGAGGGGUACAGCUCACGUCUCCCACCGUCUGCCCUGCGCCCGCCCGCCACUCACAGCUCUGUCUCUGCAGGUGUCACCAAGUACUCGGAGAAGCACAAUGGAGGCAUGUUGGUCUGGUCCCCCCACCACAGCGUCCCCGAUGCCAAGCUGGACGAGUACAUCGUGGUCGCCAAGGAAAAGCAUGGCUACAAUGUGGAGCAGGCGCUUGGCAUGUUGUUCUGGCACAAGCAUAACAUCGAGAAGUCCCUUGCUGACCUCCCCAAUUUCACGCCCUUUCCGGACGAGUGGACCGUGGAAGAUAAAGUCCUCUUCGAGCAAGCCUUCAGUUUCCACGGGAAGAGCUUCCACAGGAUUCAGCAGAUGCUUCCAGAUAAGACAAUUGCUAGCCUUGUGAAGUACUACUACUCCUGGAAGAAAACGCGGUCGCGGACAAGCCUGAUGGACCGCCAGGCUCGGAAACUAGCGAACCGGCACAGCCAGGGCGACAGCGACGAUGAUGUGGAAGAAACGCACCCAAUGGAUGGGAAUGACAGUGAUUAUGACCCCAAAAAAGAAGCCAAAAAAGAGGGCAGCACGGAGCCGCCUGUGCAAACCAGCAAGAUCGGGCUGGGGCGCCGGGAGUACCAGAGCCUGCAGCACCGCCACCACGCGCAGCGGUCCCGCUGCCGCCCGCCCAAGGGCAUGUACCUGACCCAGGAGGACGUGCUCGCCGUCUCCUGCAGCCCCAACGCCGCCAGCACCAUCCUGAGGCAGCUGGACGUGGAGCUCAUCUCCCUGAAACGCCAGGUUCAGAAUGCCAAGCAAGUAAACAGUGCACUUAAACAGAAAAUGGAAGGCGGCAUUGAGGAGUUCAAGCCCCCUGAGUCAAAUCAGAAGAUCAACGCCCGCUGGACCACAGAGGAGCAGCUCCUCGCGGUACAAGGUGUGCGCAAGUACGGUAAAGAUUUCCAAGCCAUCGCAGACGUGAUCGGCAACAAGACCGUCGGCCAAGUGAAGAACUUCUUCGUCAACUACAGACGCCGCUUCAACCUGGAGGAGGUGCUGCAGGAAUGGGAGGCGGAGCAGGGCACCGAGGCCGCCCGCGGCGACGGCCCCGCGCUCGCCGAGGAGGCCAAAGGGGUCUGCGCGGCAGCCGCCAUCUUGUCGGCUGGCGCCAAUGUCCGCCCGGCUGUCCGGUGUGUUGCGAGUCACGUCACGGCCCCGGUGUGCACCGGGCCGCACGCCUCGGCCGGCGCCCAGUGGCAACUGUAG